AUGACGGAAAAGACUAGUGUUCCUAUAGACGCAUCCCUUUUGACAGAGUAUGACGAUCAUGCAGCUAGGCGUAUAUGGGAUGGAGAGGAUAGGGAUCCACAGAGGUUCUACAACCACGGCCGAAAGAUUGCGGGUUUCGCGCGGCCUGACGAGCCACAGUUCCAGGAUGUACUAGCAGCUUCUGGCCCGAGGGACCUCUGUCAGGUGGGCUACACGACAAUACAUAAUGGGAUGCUGAUGACAUUUGCGGAAAGAUGGCAUCUAGAGACUUCCACAUUUCAUCUUCCUCACGGCGAGAUUACCAUCACUCUAGAUGAUGUGGCAUGCCUCCUACAUCUAUCUAUCAGGGAUACCCUCCUUGGUCAUGGUAGGCUGAUGAAGGAGGAAGCGAUAGAGAUGUGA